AUGGAUAAGAGGCAACACAUUGCGAUAUUUACUACGGCGAGCCUUCCAUGGCUAACUGGGACUGCUGUCAACCCUCUAUUUCGUGCAGCAUAUCUUGCAAGGGAUGGCGAGAGAAAAGUCACCUUGGUUAUUCCUUGGUUGAAAUUGAAGGACCAAGAACAUGUCUAUCCGAACAACAUAACUUUUAAUUCAGCGGAUGAGCAAGAAAAAUAUGUUCGCCAAUGGCUUGAAGAACGGAUUGGGUUCACAUCACCUUUCAUAAUACGUUUCUAUCCAGGAAGGUUCUCUCUUCAUAAAAGGAGCAUUCUUGCUCUAGGGGAUAUUACUGAGAUCAUCCAAGAUGAAGAGGCAGAUAUUGCUGUCCUUGAGGAGCCCGAGCAUCUUACAUGGUAUCAUCAUGGUAAAAGGUGGAAAACAAAAUUUCGUCUGGUUGUAGGCAUUGUUCACACCAAUUAUUUGGAAUAUGUGAGAAGAGAGAAGAAUGGACAACUGCAGGCAUUUUUUCUGAAAUACAUAAAUAGUUGGGUUGUCGAUAUAUAUUGCCAUAAGGUGAUAAGAUUAUCGGCUGCCACCCAAGACCUUCCGAGAUCUGUUAUCUGCAAUGUCCAUGGGGUCAAUCCUAGAUUUCUUGACAUUGGCAUGAAAAAGAAAGAGCAACAGUGGAAUGGAGAGCAGGCUUUCACAAAAGGCACAUACUAUAUUGGGAAGAUGGUGUGGAGCAAAGGCUUCAAAGAGCUACUUAAACUUCUGCAUGAACAUCAAAAAGAGUUAACAGGUCUUGAGGUUGAUUUAUAUGGCAGUGGACAGGACUCUGAUCAAGUUCAGGAAGCUGCCGAGAAGCUGGAAAUACCAGUCAGGGUUCACCCUGGUCGUGAUCAUGCUGAUUCUUUAUUUCACGACUACAAGGUGUUCCUGAAUCCCAGCACCACAGAUGUAGUCUGUACAACCACAGCUGAAGCAUUAGCAAUGGGCAAGAUAGUGGUAUGUGCUAAUCAUCCCUCGAACGAUUUCUUCAAGCAGUUCCCAAAUUGCCGAACGUAUGAUGACGGCAACGGGUUUGUUGAAGAAACACUCAAGGCAUUGCAAGAUCAGCCUGCUCCCCAAACUGAUGCUCAAAAGCAUGAGCUAUCUUGGGAGGCAGCUACAGAGCGGUUUCUGGAAGCUGCAGAGCUGGACGUGGAAGCUGCAGAGCUGGACGUCAUGCCUACAAAGAAAGUGAACAAGACAUCCUCAAAGCUCUUCAUGUCCACAUCUUUCAGUUUCAGGAGGAAUUUCGAGGAUGCAUCUGCAAUGGUACAUUUUCUGGGAACUAGAUUUCUAAGUUCACAACCGGAUGAAGAGCAAUGUAAAGAGGUUGGAUUGUCAGUAUCUCCCAAAAAACGUUCAUACCCUUCAAAAAGAUGGGUUUUCUAA